AUGUUUCUGUCAAGACUUCCUUCCGUGGUCACAUUUUGGCUAGCCGUGGCAAUCACCGGCAAUACAUUCGAUCCCAAAAAUUAUGCCAAAGCAGAUGUCCUAGUCUGCGAUGUUGCCGUGGUUGGAGGGGGAUCCUCGGGAACAUAUGCCGCCAUCAACCUGCGCAAGAUGGGCCAGAGCGUAGUGGUUGUGGAAAGAAAGAAGCACCUGGGUGGCCACACAAACACCUACACUGAUAAAGCUACCGGUCUCACUGUGGACUAUGGGGUGCAAUCGUUCCUGAACAGCUCUAUCGCGCUUGACUAUUUUGCCCACUUCAACAUCUCCCUUGUCAAAUAUACCGAAUCUAAUGCCACUAUCUCGCUGACAGAUUUUAAUACAGGAAACCCUGUGCUAUUCAACCCCAGUCGAAACCUGACCGGAUGGGCCAUUCAGGUCGCGCAGUACCCUUGGCUGGACUCUACCUGGGAAAUCCCUCAGCCUGUUCCUCCAGACCUGCUCCUACCAUUGGGGGACUUCCUUGUCAAAUAUAACAUCUCGGAUGCUGCUUUUAAUAUUUAUUUCAGCUCCCAGGGAAUUUCAAAUCCACUACAGCAGUUAACAGUCAACGUGAUGAAGAUGGUGGACGCUGCAUACUUGAGAGAAAUAGCAGGUGCUAGGCUCAACGCCGCAGAUAAAAACAACUCUGAGCUAUAUGUCAAGUCUCUUGCUGAGCUGGGUUCAGAUGCUCUCAUCUCCUCAACCGUUACAGCUGCUGCAAGACCACAAACAGGGCGAGGCGUCUCACUCGUCGUCAAGACGACCACGGGAUUCAAGCUCGUCCAAGCAUCUAAGCUUUUAGUCAACAUUCCCCCAACUUUAGAAAAUAUGAGGCCAUUCAAUUUCAAUCUACAGGAGCUUCAGAUGUUCUCGCAGUGA